CGUUCACGCCGGAUCCUGCUCUUAAGCUCUUUGUUCCUCUCUGCAGUGACUACUGGCAUAUCGGCCUUGGAGGUGUACACACCGAAAGAAAUCUUCGUGGCAAAUGGGACACAAGGGACGCUGACAUGCAAGUUCAAGUCCCCUAACACCACCGGCAUGCUGACCUCGGUCUCCUGGAGCUUCCAGCCGGAGGGGACGGACACCAUGGUGUCGUUUUUCCACUACUCUCAAGGGCAAGUGUAUGCCGGAAAUUACCCGCCAUUUAAGGACAGAAUCAGCUGGGCUGGAGACCUAGACAAGAAAGACGUAUCGAUCCACAUAGAAAAUAUGCAGUUUAUACACAAUGGCACCUACAUCUGUGACGUCAAGAACCCUCCUGACAUCGUCGCCCAGCCAGGACACAUCCGGCUCUACGUCGUGCAGAGAGAGAUUUUGCCCGUGUUUCCGGUUUGGGUGGUGGUGGGUAUAGUGACGGCUGUGGUCGUAGGUCUCAUGCUCCUCAUCGGCAUUAUCCUGGCUGUCCUCUACAGGAGGAAGAACUCUAAACGGGACUACACCGGGAGAAGUUUGCCUUUGAUGAUCACAGAAGUGAGGGUGGAUGGCCGGGGGAAAAGACAGAGCACCACGUGCUGUAGCACUUCAGAGAGUGUGUCACCGGUUAAGCAGGCCCCACAGAAGUCCCCCUCCGACACAGAGGGUCUGGUAAAGAGCCUGCCUUCCGGAUCUCACCAGGGCCCGGUCAUCUACGCGCAGCUAGACCACUCCGGAGGUCAGCACAGCGGCAAGAUUAACAAGGCAGAGUCCGUGGUGUAUGCAGAUAUCCGGAAAAACUAAGAGGAGACCUGGAUCCCGCCCCGAGCAGGAAACAGAAUCAAAGCGGACCCUCAUGCACGACGUCGCCCACAGCCAGUGUGGCCUUGGGACUCUGGGCAUGGACAAGCACACGUUUAUUCAUGGACGGGGGAGAAGACAUGUAUAAAGGAUGCGUAAAAAUGUUCUAUUUAAUCUUCCGAUGCGAGGAGCCAGUGCCGCGUGCUGAAAGGCGGUGUGAUCCUCUGUGUAUAAAGUCGUCUUGCUGGGCGGGGCGAGGCGAGGGAGGGGUUGUGCAGCCGGUAGGGACAGGUGCCCGGGGGCCUUCACCUCAGGUGAAGAUGCUGUGGUGACUUCUGUGGCAUCUGAAUCUUGAGCGCUGUCACAGCACCGAACUGUGUUUUACUGCGCAUUGUCGCAUUGUCGUUUUCCAGCGAUUUGUUAAUUUUGUAAAUUGCUGUAGAUUGACGCAGAGCUCCUGGCUUGUGUAACAUUAUGCAUUCUUGAGCCGGAGAGAAAGAGUUGAGCUGGCCGGGGGCCGCCUGUGGGCGUGGCUGUCCCCGAGAGCCACGUCCAUCAUGGGGAUUUGGCAAGAAGAGCCCAGAUGCCUCUCCACAAGGGCUGCGGUCGUAGGCUCCGCGGGUUCUCGCGGCCCAAGGCUUCCUCCCAAGUUAGAGCUAAGUACCGGGGAGUUUCCUCCUGCUCCUGGGACUCUGGUUUCCAAACUGCCCAAGAGGCAUGCCGACCAAGCCGCUGUCCCCGCGGGGCUGCGGCCCCGAGCCCCGCCCCGGGUGAGCGGGCGCCGCCAAGCUCUCCGCGGAAGCCUCCACGCUCGCCCACCGCCUAGAGCCCAGGGUCCCGUCGCUCUCCAGGCGACACCGGUGCUAACGCAGUCGAAACUCCGAGGACUUGGCCCCACGCCCCCAGGAAGGCGGCGUGCAGCAUCGGACCAGCUCCUUUUAUGGCGGGAUUCCCCCCACACACACACACACGCUUUUUCCUGUGUACUUAAGAUUUGUUGUUACAAAGAAUUUUAAAGAUGCAAAAAAGAAGCAAGACCAGUAAAAUCAGCCUCCACAUAUCCAUCCUCAGUUAAUUCAUAUAUCUUUUUUUCUUUUUCUUUUCUGAAUUUUUAAAAUAAAUUUUAAAUUCCAAGAUCACAUCACUUCAUCCCCUACAUUCUCAAGUGUGCAUCUUUAAAAAAUAAUGGGUUAUUUUCUUACAUAGCCAUGACGUCUCGUUCCAUUUGACAGAAACGUUUUUUAAAAUACACAAUGUCUUGAUCCCUUCCAAUACCCAGUUCAUACUCAAGUUUCCCCUUGUCUCAAAAAUGGCAUUUAUAAAUGGUUUCUUCAAAUCAA